AUGAUAGAUGUGUGGGCUUCUGCAGAUGUAAGUUUUUACAGCAGCUGGAUGACUCCAUCCCCCAUCCCCCCGCCGGUCUCCGGCCUGGCCUCAGGACUGCAGGACAGCACUGACUGCAAUGUCAAGCAGGACUGCCGAGACCCCUUCACGGUGGCCGACCUGGGCGUACUGGCCAGCUGCCAGGCCCUGCCGCGGGUCUCACCCUUCUUUGAGGUGAAGUGCAACAGUAGCCCCUGGGUGCUGCGUGUCCUGGCCACCCUGGGCACCAGCUUUGACUGUGCCAGCCAGGUGGAGCUGGAGCAGGUGCUGGGCCUGGGCAUGGCCCCCUCGUGCAUCAUCUACACCUACCCCUGCAAGGCUGUCCCCCACAUCAAGUGCGCCGCUUGCCAUGGGGUGAAGCUCCUGGUCUUUGACAUCGAGAAGAAACUCACUGAGGUGGCCCAGGACCACCCAGGGCCAGGUGUGACUGGCAGGGGUGUGCAGGCAGCUGGGCCUGGUCCUCCAGCUGCAUACCAAAGACAACCAGACCACCGCCCCCCGAGCGCCAAGUCUGGGGCCAGCCUGGAGGUGUGUGGGCACCUGCCCAUGUCUGCCAGAGACCUGGGGUUGGCGGUGGCAGGAGCCGGGCUGGCGACACCCCACACGUUGGGUAGGCAACUCACCAGGAGCGUCUUGUCCACCAUUAAUCCAGGAGGUUACUGGAAGCUGCUGUUCUAUCUCAACAACGGCCACUACGGCACAUUCUGCAUUUCCAGGGAGCCUGAACCCAGGAUGCCCAUUGUGGUGAAGGACCUCCGCCCCAAGCUGCUCCUCUUCUCUUGCACCCUCUACAGCCCCAUGUGCAAUGCCUUUGACAAGCUCUUCUUGAAGGAGGUGUAGCUGCCCGAGCUGGACGUGGGCGACCGGCUGGUCUUCCCCUCCAUGGGCGCCUACACGUCCGCCAUGAGCUCCACCUUCAAUGGCUUCCCUCUCCCCUCCAUCUGCUGCGCUGUGGGACCCGAGCUCAGGAGCCUGCAGGAGACCGCACUGUAG